AUGCAGCCUGACAUCACAGCACCUGGAGUGAAUAUUUUGGCAGCAUGGUCUCCGGUUGCAACUUUAGCAACAGUUGAAGAACGAUCCGUCAACUAUAACAUCAUUUCAGGAACAUCAAUGUCUUGCCCCCACAUAACUGCAGUUGCAGCAAUUGUAAAAUCUCACCACCCACACUGGGGUCCUGCAGCCAUAAAGUCUGCAAUAAUGACAACAGCCACAGUUAUGGAUAACACACAUCACCUCAUAGGAAGAGAUCCAAAUGGAACUCAAACCACACCAUUUGACUAUGGAUCCGGACAUGUCAACCCGGUUGCAUCACUAAAUCCAGGAUUAGUAUAUGAAUUUAAUUCCCAAGAUGUUCUCAAUUUUCUGUGCAGCAAUGGGGCAAGCCCAGCACAACUUAAGAACCUCACUGGGGAUCUUACUCAAUGUCAGAAACCUCUUACAGCUUCCUACAACUUCAAUUAUCCUUCAAUUGGUGUGUCCAACAUGAAUGGAAGUUUAUCAGUUUAUCGUACGGUUACUUAUUAUGGUGAGGAGCCAACAGUAUAUUAUGCAAGUGUUGAAAAUCCAUCUGGUGUGACUGUUAGAGUUACUCCAGCAGAAUUGAAGUUCUGGAAAACUGGGGAGAAAAUAAGUUUCAGAAUUGAUUUCUUCCCUUUCAAGAUAAGCAAUGGAAACUUUGUGUUCGGUGCUUUGAUAUGGAACAAUGGCAUACAAAGGGAUGUUGGUGAGAUGAAUAAUGUUAGGAUUAAGGUCGGAGGGAAGGGUCAUGAGGACCCAUUUAUGAAGUCGGUGGGGCUGCACACACACGAAAGUUUUAGAUCAUGCAAAGUCAGAAAAACUUCUAAGUGA